AUGGCCAGGACAGGAAACAAGAGUUUACAAGCAAAACUGGUACUUCUUGGAGACAUGGGAACAGGAAAGACAAGUUUGGUUCUUAGAUUUGUCAAAGGUCAAUUUUCCGAGUACCAGGAAUCAACAAUUGGAGCAGCAUUCUUCACUCAGGUCUUGUCCUUAAAUGAAGCCACUGUAAAAUUUGAUAUAUGGGACACAGCAGGGCAAGAACGAUACCACAGUUUGGCUCCCAUGUACUAUCGAGGUGCUGCAGCAGCCAUUGUUGUGUAUGACAUUACAAGCAUGGAUUCUUUUGUACGAGCAAAGAAGUGGGUUCAAGAAGUGCAAAGACAAGCAAAUUCAAGUUUGACAAUGUUUUUGGUGGCUAACAAAGCUGAUCUGGAGGAUGACAGAAAAGUCAGCAAUGAGGAGGGUGAGGAAUAUGCCAAAGAAAAUGGCUUGUCUUUUCUUGAAACUUCAGCAAAAACGGCACAAAAUGUGAACGAACUCUUCUAUGAAAUAGCUAAGAGAUUGGCAAAAGCUAACCCUUCACGUCAAAGUGGAAUCAAGCUGCAUACCAGACCUAGAGAAACUAGAAGAAGAUACUUUUGUUGUGCUUAA